UAGUAUAGCUUUGCGCGUUGCGCGCGCAUAGCAUCUGCCCGACCGACCGAUUAUGGCGGACAGGCACUGAAGAAUGUUUGCCGUCUUUUCUAAAUCGGAGAAUAUCGACACUAGCCAAUGGCAUAAACCGGGUUUUUUGUAAAAAUUGUACAUUGUAAAUAGUUCUGUGUACAUAUAGUAAUUAUAUUUGUGCUCGUUUUGUUUAGAAAUUGUGUGAAUAGUGUAUUAUUUGAGUGUUUAUUCAGUUUAUUUUUCGACGCCGACAAAUCUAAAUUUCGAAGUUAGUACAUUGGCUAAUAUACAUAUUUCCCAUAAAAAUUAAAAAUCCUGUAAAUUUUACUUCGUAGAGACCAUCGAUUUCUUUUUACACCUUUGUGUUUCGAUCCAUUAAGGAGACCGUUGAUGUUCUUGCAUUAUUUUGGUUUUCAAUAGCGGCUGUCAUCGUGCUUCGAUAAUACCAUUAACUGUCAUUAAAGAAAGACAAAAAGACUACUGUAGUCCCUAAAUGGCUUAGCUAUUUAGAUGUAUUUAUCAUAAAUAGUCUAUAUGAUCAUGUGAAUCGAUUUUACAUUACAUUUGGCUGCAUAAUUAUUGGAAGUAGUGAUUGACAACUACAAAGAAAACGAUUUAUUAUUUGCUGUUGCGGAGGAUCAAAGUGAAUUGGAGCUGAAUGCUCGAACCUCACGGUAGCCCAAUGAAGUGGCCGGGCUCGGGAGCGGAAGAAGAGGCGGGCGAAGCUGGUUUGCAAAGCGCUCGAGCCUCUCAGGCUCGUAGCCAGGAUGAUGUCGCCGUGCAUUAUGUUUUUCAACGAGACCCCCAAGAGACCGAAUUGGCGUCUUUAGCUCCCAAACAACGUUGGGCAGUUGGUGACGAUACUAUAGUAGAGAAUCAAGAUAAAUGGAAGAAUCCCACUCCAAUUACAAUGAAUAAUAUGCAUCAGCAAGGUCAAGCAGUACAACUUAAAAACAAUCAAACAAAUCAACAGCAGUUCAUCAAUCAAGCUAUUGCUUCAUCGGUUGGUACAUUGGCAAUCAAUCCUUCAGUCAUUGGUAGUCACCCUGCCCAUUUAACAACCAACAUGGUACAUACACAAUUGACUCCAAUGCAGAAUCAUACAAUGAGGAACAAUGCCAUGAUGUUACCACCAUUACAAGGCAUGCAGAAUGCACCCCAAUGUGGCCAGCAAGGAUUAUAUGAUAUUCACCAACACCAUGGUAAUCCAAUGCAGGCAAUGAAUGGCAUAGGCAAGAGUGCUGAACAUCUCAUGUAUUUGAGUCAGGCAGGAAUGCUUGCACCGGGAACUAAUCAGUUCCUGCAGCAAGGACAGAACCAACUUGGACUUACACCUGUUGCUGCUAUUACAAAUCAGAUUGCACCUGCUGCAAAGAAAUUAUGGGAUAAAGGCCCCGGAGCGGGUGGCGAUAGUAAGGGACCUCCGCACCUUCCACCAUUGCAAUUGAACCCAGAACAAAUGUGGCGUGAUCCAACUUGGUCUGCUCAAGCAGUGGAACACAAUGUAGGUGUCCCGAUGAUGGGCACAAGACGUGGCGUCGCAUUCCCCGGGGGCGAUGCCGGCUGCAUUUUGUCUCCUCGCGACGCAGCCGGCCUGGGGGUGAAGAUGGUUGAAUAUGUACUUGGAGGAUCACCAACAGAAGCUGGCGGUGUAGCGACUGGCGGUGGGGGUGAAAAGGUGACGGGUGUGGUGGCAGGGUUACGCGGGAUGGUUUUAGAGGAGCGCCCUGAAGAUAAAUCUGCCUCACCGUUUGAAAAAGAUCUGCAUGAACUACAUGAGCACGGCUCUUUGCCCAAUGGAUUACACAAUGGACAAGAAGAUGACAAGGCUUUUAACCGCACCCCGGGCUCGCGACAGCCGUCACCGGCAGAGGAGGAGGGCGGUGUGGGCGGCGGAGGCGGCGGUGGUGGCGGAGGCGGCGCUGUCCGCAACGGCGACGCGGGUGCUUUCCCGCUGCUGCCACCGCACGCGCUGCCACAGCCGCAGCCGCAGCCGCUGCACCAUCUGCAACACAUCUCACACCCACAGCAUCAUCCUGGGAUGCUGGGUGUAGCACCACUGCAAGGUUUACCACACCCACAACAUCCUCAAAUCCACCCUGGCAUGACACUAAACGACUCUAUGAAUCAACACAUUGAACUCGUUUUACAAAUGGAGCAACAUCCUCAGUUUGAUAACAACAGCUUUGCAAGUACACAACAGUACGGCGGCGGCGUGGGCGGUGUGGGUGGUGCUAGCGGUGGCGUGGGCGGAGUAGGUGGUGUGGGCGGCGUGGGCGCUGUCGGGGCUGUGGGCGCCGUGGGUGGGGUAGGCGGCGUGGGCGCAGCCGGGGCCAGCCUCGUCAACGGCGCCUCCGUCGUGCAGCCAGCGCCGGACUCUGCACAGCACCACCAACCCUUCGAUGUACAGCAAUUAUUCCGAUCACAACAAGCGGCGGCCGGCGGGCAGGCGGCGGCGGCGCAACUCCAACUCCUGCAACAACAACAACAGCAACAGUUUCAACUACAGCAACAGCUGGCCGCGCAACAGGCCUUCACACAAGCACCGUAUGUGAUCAAUGCCGGUCAGGAGGGCGCUCCGUAUGUUAGUGCGUUGAUAGCGGGUGUACCACCGCAGGCUUAUUACGGUGUAGCCGCACCAUGGGGCAUGUACCCGAGCCUUGUAGCGCAGCCGGCGCAACAACAGGCGCAGCAACCGCGGAGACCGCUGACUCCCCAGCAGGGCGAGCAGCAGGUGAACGGACAGGGACAAUAUGUGAUCCCGUAUUACGAUGCCGGUUCGCUAGUGAUGAGCGGCCGUAAUGGCACUCCACUUCGACUAGUGUCCCCUGGCGGUGUACUCGCACAACGACAGUAUCAACCCGCGCCGACACACCCCGCCGCUUCCGCCGCGCCGCCUGCGCCCGCGCAACCACAACCACAACAACCCCUCCCUGGCGGAGGCGGCGCGGCACGGCGCGACUCGCUCGAGUUCGGCGGCGGCGGGCCGGCGGCCGCGCUGCAGGAGUACGCCCGCAAGUGGGGUCCCUCGCCGUUGUCGCCCACGCUCGCGCCCGCGCUCGGGCCCGUCGGGCUGCGGCCCGUGUCCGCCGCGCCCGGCGCCGAGACCGCCAAGUACAGAGCUGUCAGCAGUUUAGCCCAAGGUCUCACGUCCAACGGAAUGUUUGGAUCUUCAUCUUCAUUACUCAGCAAACUCAGUGGAGUGGGAACUAUCUCAGAACUGGUGAGCGCCGGGGUGGGCAGCGUGGGCGGCGUGGGCGUAGGCGGCGUUGGCGUGGGCGGGGUGGGCGGCGUGUCGGUGGGCGCGCUCGUCGCGGACAAACCCCCAGCCGGCCGAUCGCGGCUCCUCGAGGACUUCCGCAACAACCGCUUCCCAAAUCUGCAGCUCAGGGAUCUGGCUAACCACAUCGUUGAGUUUUCACAGGACCAACACGGCUCCAGGUUUAUACAACAAAAAUUAGAACGGGCCACAGUCCAAGAAAAACAAAUGGUGUUUAAUGAAAUAAUCGGAGCAGCCUACAAUCUAAUGACGGACGUCUUCGGAAAUUACGUUAUACAAAAAUUCUUUGAGUUUGGAACGCCUGAACAAAAAACAACGUUGGCACAAAAGGUACGCGGACAUGUUUUGGCGCUAGCGCUGCAAAUGUACGGAUGUAGAGUAAUUCAGAAGGCGCUAGAAUCUAUCCCUGCCGAGCAACAACAGGAGGUGGUCCGAGAACUUGACGGGCACGUGCUUAAAUGUGUCAAAGAUCAAAAUGGAAACCACGUUGUACAAAAGUGCAUUGAAUGUGUCGAGCCCGGUGCACUACAAUUUAUAAUCAACGCGUUUGCUGGACAAGUGUACGCAUUAUCGACGCACCCAUACGGCUGUCGCGUUAUUCAGCGCAUCCUGGAGCACUGCACGCCCGACCAGACCGCGCCCGUACUCAACGAGCUUCACGCGCACACCGACCAGCUUAUACAGGAUCAGUACGGCAACUACGUGGUACAGCAUGUGCUGGAACACGGCGCGGCGGAGGACCGCUCGCGGUUGGUGGCGGCGGUGCGCGGAAAGGUGUUGCAACUGUCGCAGCACAAAUUCGCCUCCAACGUGGUCGAGAAAUGCGUUACGCACGCCACGCGCAACGAACGCGCUCUACUCAUUGACGAGCUCUGCGGCUUCAACGACAAUCGUUCAUUUUUCAGUGCUCUCCACGUGAUGAUGAAAGACCAGUACGCAAAUUACGUAGUACAAAAGAUGAUCGACGUAGCGGAACCGACUCAGCGCAAAGUUCUCAUGCACAAGAUUCGGCCGCACAUCGGCUCACUGCGCAAGUACACGUACGGGAAACAUAUAAUCGCCAAACUGGAGAAAUUCUUCAUGAAAGCUCCGGAGCUGGGCCCCAUCGGUCCGCCGCAGCCCAAUCCUGUCCUGUAGUCUGUGUAAAGUAUUAUGACGUCCGCGGAUUUAGGCUGAUGCGACGGCGCGGGUAACCCCCCGCCUAUUAUAAAUUUUGUGAAUAUUUGCGAUUGUACAUUUGUAACUAUAGAGCUCGUGGAGCCGACCGCUGGUAGCACGCUGUCUAGCACAGCCGCCCAAUACUGCAGCACUGCAGCGGGACAGCGCGGCGCCAGCGUGGCGGCGCGGGCUGCGGCGCCCUGUACAUACGUAGCGGCAGACUGAUGUACAGAACGAUACGAUAUACUGUAUACUGUAACCAUAGUUGUACAGCGUCGACGCCGAUACCGGUGCUCGGCCGUCGCGUCACCGCGGCGUAGCGUUUAUUGCGUUUCUAGUUCUUAAGUGUUCUAGUAUUAUUCGUUGUUCGUAUGAAUCUAUGUAUAAAUAUUUGAAAGUCUCUCAUUCUUGUGUAAUUUAUGAAUCGAAGGAAAGCAUGCGGUCGGCGAACCCCUUGCGUUUCCGUAAUUUAGCUCGUUGUAGAUUUACUAUUAGCUGGGCUAGGGGACCUUGAAUCUUCUAAAGUGAUGAAGAAAUGCCGCAGGCAGUUCUAGACAAUCGGCACUAUAAGUCGUGAUUACAUUAUUCUAUACUAUUCUUCAAGUCAGCUCUCGUUUAAGUUAAAAACCGGCUACAAAAUCGUACAUAGUUUAUCGAAUAUUGUUUAGUGCCGGAAUGUAUAGUUUGUCGAUUAUAAUUUUGUGAAAAUGAUAUUUUUGUAUAUUUUUAUGUAAUUAAGUUAUUUAGUUAAUGAGUCUCCGAGAUGUGGAGCGAGCGUUUAUUGAAUGAACGAUGCUUAUGUUAGUACGUAGCAACGCGAGCGAGCGGACGCAGCGGACGCGCGGUAGUCGCCCUCGCAUUAGGUUAUAGUGAUGAUUGUAAAGUCCUGUACUGAUAGUUGUAGUUCCGAGGUCUACCUUGCCGGUUGCACGUCACAAGCGUAGCUACUCCUCAUUCCCCGUGUAAAAUUUUUAUAGGAAGCGUAGUUUCCUACGUCACCUCAGAUUUUUUACGUCUAGAUGUAAUUGAAAAUAAAAUUAUUGUAUAUGGCUGUACAAAAAUGUUAACAAAAUGAUUUGUAAAACCUGUAUGUGAUGGACUAAGACGAGGCGCCAGGAGCGGCGAGGUUUGACUGAUCGCCGUUCCGGCCGUCUCGCCUUGUAGGUUGUACUAGAUAACAUUUAUAUGAUGAUCCAUAUAUUUAGACAUUAAUUAUAAUAAAGCAUUUCUGUAAUAAUAUUACAAAG